ACGGCGAGGCCUCGUCACCUUCUGCUGGCGGCCAUGUUGGCUCUGCUCCUCUUCUACAGCUCCUUCUGGCUCCCUCAGGGUGAAGGCAGAGACUGUGGCAGCGCUGGGCAGCCAUGUUUGAAGUCUGUACGGCAAAAGGCUGCGCACCCAUUGGUCGCUGCCGAAGCCCUGUCCCUCAUUAAGGAGUGUCCCGGCCAAUCGUUUCAGGCCAAGCUUCUGCUGCGGUAUUUAAAGCUCAGCCUGAGCGACGCUGACGACGUCCUGCUGGAGCCAUACCUGCAGAGCUGGGAUCAGCUGCUCAAAUUCAUGAAAUCCCUCGGGACGAUGGUCAGUUUAUUCUCCGGUAAAGUGACGGAGAAAGUUGUAGUGAUACAGGAGCUGUCACUCAAACACAGCGCAAAGGAUCAUGGGAAACGUAGUCCACAAACCCCAGCGUCGUUCGGACUAAAAACAGGGGCGUAUCGUUCGCUCAGAUCCAUGGUGGAGGCGGAGCUUAAAGAGGGCGUGGUCGACUUUUCCCGCCGCUCAGACUCCGGCUGCCGGACGCUUCUUCGACUUCACCGAUCGCUGCUCUGGCUGAAACUCAUGCUGGAGGGUUUGGCUGAAGGACCGGACGCCGACGGACAAUUCAAAACACCUGGAGAGCUGUGCAGAGACGCCUACAUCGUGGCCCUCGCCCCCCACCACCCCUGGGUGCUGCGUCAGGCGGCAGAGUUUGUGUUCCUCGCCCUGCCGGAGCGACAGUACUUCCUGCAGCUGGUGUGUGUUCGGACCCAGCAGGAGGCCAUGCCCGUCCUGCAGAUCAUCAUCAACGCUCUGGAGCUCGUGCACACGCGAACGCAGCGAAUCCUCGCCCAACACGACAUGCUCGAGCUGCCCUGAACGCACCACGACAGACAAAAAUAAACCAGAAACACGUGGAAAAAAAACUACAAAUGUGGGAAAUGUUCUUCUAUUUAUUUUGGUCACACACACAUUAUUUAACAGAAUACAACUAGCUACAGAAGUAACAUAUGUACGGUAAAUAUUUGAGUAAUAUCUAAAAUGCAAAACAUGCACUUUAAGGCACCAUGCUACACUCAGGAACACGUGGGAUUUCAAAGUUUUGAUCGACGUUUAUCACUUUAACUAAACAUGCAUAGAAAUAAGGAUAGAUGCCUAUUUAAACUGUUGUUUUGAUACAACAUCGGAUUUCCCACUUGCCCUGAAUGCAACACACAUGGUGAGAAUAUCAUACUAACUUAUUUAACGCUACAAGAAGUAAACGUGACGACUUUAACAGGAGUUUACCGUGAAUGUUGCAUGAGCUGUAAAUACAACACACCGAGCUUUAAACUAAAAGUGUUUGUACAAUGCAACC